AUGGUAGCAUCCACAAUUAUAACACUCUCCGGCCUGGGGCUCCUGAAUAAGUUCGCCAUCGGCCUAGCAGGUGAGGCUGGGACAUGGGCCUUCAAACAGAUUCUGCACUCGGCCUCAGGCGGUAGUGACACCGACAAGAUCCGACGGGAUAUCUCCGCGGCUGUCACAGAAAUGAGGGAACUGAAACGGACCGUGGACAAUCCGUCACGAGAGCUUCCUGAAGCUCUUCUCCAACUACGAAGCGACAACCUGAGGGAGUCUCUUACGAAGAUAGAGACUAUGUACGACACGAUUACCGACCUGAUGGAAACAGCCGUCACGUUACCUGAGGAUAUCUCGGAUGCAGAACGCGAUAAAAAGCUAAAUGCCAUCCAAACUCGGCUGGAAGACCGCCUUAGGGUAUGCUCUAAUGAGAUACCCGGUAUUCUUGACCGCAUCAACGAUUUCCUUGCAGAGGAUGGGCUAAGGCCUUUUCUCCGUCAGGCCGUCCAGAAGGCUUUUGAUAACUCUGAUGAUUUCAUGCUGGGCUAUUGGGUCGUGGUCGUCAAGGGAAUUUCUCUGCUGCAGAUGGCUUACGAUGCUCCGAACGUGGACUUUUUCGAAGGCGCACUUACAAUCCAACGCCAGAAGGAAAAGCUCAAGAGGCAAGAGCAGACCUUCAGAGCCGUUGUUGGAGAAAAUACUGUCCGACUCGUUGAAUGGACUCUCUUGCGGCCUUCUACUCUCGUCACGCUCCUUACUGAUGAGGGGUAUGGAAUCGGACCAAAACCUGCAAGUAUCGACGAUAUCACCUCAAUGUCCCUCUUCAUAGGGGCUCGUAUACCUGUCCAUCGAGGAUCAGAAGACCUAGAUACAGUCAAGAUGGCAUCGAUGUGGAAAAUGUCAUUUGGGAGUGGAUUCAAUGCAGAUCUUAGACAUGCUGGCAGAUUCGUACACUACAGCUCUGGAAAGUGCAUGUCACAUGACAGGGCAGGUGUAUCGACGGUCAAAAAUGACGGGCAAUUUACCAGCCGUUCUGUUUCGUGGUUUAUAAGGCCUGUGUGUCGUGGUUCAGACCGAUAUACCAUCAGAGCUGCUAGAAACAUGUCCACGUUUGCUAGUGAUUUUGGCCUCUCUCCGCUCUGGCGCCUGCCGAAGAGAUCUGAUGUCCGCAGAUCAUACUUAGUCGCAAGGAACAUGCUGCAGUUGGAAGAUUAUAUCAGUUCUACCGAUACUGGCGCAAGGUUUCAGAUCAAGGUCUAA